AUGCCGAAACCAUGGCGAGCGGCAAAGAGGGAGGAAAGGGGUGUGUAUACUUCUGUCGCGCAAACGGAGGAUGAUACUGUGGAAAUGACGGCCCAUGGUAAAGGGGCCGAGAACGGAGGGCCGUCAAAUAUGGCAAAUAUAGAUCCAGAAUUCAAAUUCGAAGAUGUCGCAAACCGACCGUCACUAGGUAGAGGCGAGCCUACACCACAUGAGCUAGCAAACCUCCGAAGGAUUCCUGACCAACUGCCAUGGAGUGCUUUCCUUGUCGCAAUUGUCGAACUAUGCGAGAGAUUCGCAUAUUACGGUCUUUCCGGUCCAUUUCAGAACUACAUGUCCAACAAAUGGCACGAUCCGAAUGGUCUCCCUGGAGCAAUUGGCCUCAAGCAGGCUGGAGCAACGGCUCUCUCCAACUUUUUUCAAUUCUGGUGCUACCUAACGCCUAUCAUUGGCGCCAUUGUGGCAGAUCAGUAUCUUGGGAAAUACAUAACCAUCAAGUACUUCUCUAUUGUGUACAUGGUCGGGAUUUUUAUCCUCUUUCUUACAUCCCUCCCAGUGUCCAUUGCGCAUGGGGGAGCAUUCCCUGGUCUCAUCGCAUCCAUGUUCAUCAUUGGUCUGGGAACGGGCGGUAUCAAAUCCAACGUCUCGCCCCUCAUCGCUGAACAAGUCCGCAGGACGAAACCGUUCGUCAAGGUCCUUUCCAGUGGAAAGAGGGUCAUUGUGGACCCAGAACUCACUGUCCAGAGAAUUUACAUGAUAUUCUACAUGUGUAUCAACGUUGGGUCUCUAUCAGCCAUCGCAACUACGAAUCUGGAACUACAUGUGGGAUUCUGGAGCGCGUACCUCUUGCCUCUAUUCAUGUUUUGCGUUGGCUACUUCAUCCUGGUAUCCGGCAAAAAGAGAUAUGUUAUUCGACCACCGCAAGGUGGAGUCAUUGGUAACUGCUUCAAGGCACUUUGGAUUGCUAUGAGGAACCGAUUUGACCUCGACAAAGCGAAGCCCUCAUUCCAAGAGCAAGAACAAGGGAGGCGAAGAUACAAGGCUCCCUGGGAUGACAAAUUCAUUGAUGAACUGAAGAUUGCACUUAUGGCGUGCAAAGUCUUCGCGUUCUUCCCUAUCUACUGGGUCGUGUUUUCGCAGAUGAUGAACAAUUUCGUCUCGCAAGCUGGCCAAAUGGAACUCCACGGCAUCCCUAACGACAUCCUCCAAAACAUCGACCCACUCACUAUUAUCAUCCUCAUUCCUCUCCUCGACCGCCUCAUCUACCCGUUCCUCCGCUCAACUCUCCACCUUGCAUUCGCACCCAUUACGCGCAUCACCUUAGGCUUCUUUAUAGCUUCUCUCGCCAUGGUGUAUGCCGCUAUUCUGCAAUCCCGCAUCUACUCGGCGCCACCCUGUUUCGACUCCCCCUCGCACUGUGAAGCUGGAAAGAUAUCUAAAGACAAGUACAAACCGAAUGAGAUACACGUCGCCUGGCAAGCACCCGCAUACAUCCUCAUCGCCCUCUCUGAAGUCCUAGCUUCGAUCACGGGGCUUGAACUCGCUUAUGCAAAAGCACCUGAGAAUAUGAAGUCGUUUAUUAUGUCACUAUUCCUGUUAACUUCGGCCCUUGGAAGUGCGCUCGGGAUAUUAAUUGCGCCAAGUGCCAAAGAUCCGAACUUGGUGUGGUUGUAUGCUGGGCUGGCUGCGACGAGUCUGUUGGCUGGUGGGGUGUUUCAUAUUAUGUUUCGGAGACUAGAUCAGAGGGAGACAGCGAGACCGGUUGAGAGUGCGGAGGAGGGGAUUGAGAUGACUAGACGGAAGAGCAAUGAUGAUGGAGGUACCCGAGAAGUAUAA